CGUAUACUACUCUCUAGCAAAACUGCAUUGAAUGUGCGCAUUUUACAUCGUUUUUAUAUUAUUUUCCAGAGACUAAUAUUUCUUUAAGUUUUUGUAUAAGAGCGAUGUAAAUCAAAUUAGAAAUACAGCUUCCCGUUUAUUACCUUUGACCUAUAGCUACCACGUGAUCUACAAAACAGUGAUGACCUCUCUUGCUUCUAACUAGCGGUAACGUUAGCUGACCGGGGGGGAACUUAUGCUAACAUUUCCAGAUUGUAGACAACAUUUAAUGCAAUGGAUCAAACUAAACAAGAGGAGGAAUAUGGAUACAAUUUGUUCCCGGAGAGGAACACGGGGAAGUACAAGAAGGGAUCAAUCGGGGAGAGCCUGUUCACUUUCAACCACAAGUGUCAGGUCAUGUUACAGUUCGCAAUGGAAACUAGUCCGUAUGCCAAACUCCUCCUCAGUGCCAUGAAAAGUUCAGGAUGCAAAGUGUUUAAAGAGCGACAUUUCUCCUGUGAAGACUGCGACGGGACGGUCAGCGGUGGCUUUGAUGCAGCUUCCUCUCAAAUCGUCUUGUGUCAGAACAACAUCCACCAGCAGUCCCAUAUGACACGAGUGGUCACACAUGAGCUCAUUCAUUCCUUUGACCACUGCCGGGCCCACGUGGACUGGUUCAACAACUUCAGACAUCUGGCUUGUUCUGAGAUCCGGGCAGCUAACCUCAGUGGAGACUGCGCCUUUAGCAAUGAAGCCGCCAGAUUCAACUUCGGCUUGAAGCAGCAUCAUCAGGAGUGUGUCAGAGGCCGUGCCCUUCGCUCCAUCCUGGCUGUGCGGAACAUUAGCCGAAAGGAGGCGGAGAAAAUAGUGGAUGAAGUCUUCGACACGUGUUUCAACGACCACGCGCCAUUUGGACGAAUCCCCCACAGCAAGAAGGAUGCCGGGUUUGCUUACAGAGAUUAUGAGAACAGAGAUCGAUAUUAUGCAAACCUUUAGUGUCGUCACAGUCUCAUUUAACUCCGUGUGAAUGGCGGUGACGCUGACAAGGGCUUGGCAGCGUCUGGGCCGUGGUCAGCAUAAGAGCCUCAGCAGAAUGACAGCGUGUCCAAAAGGAUCAUAUCCCUUCAGAAGGGAUUUUCAGAGAAUGAUUUGUCCUUGGAACAGGAAAGCAAGGAAGGAGCUACAGUUCAUUUCAUUUUCUACCUUUUGGACACUAAUUCUGUAUAGAGGGGUUGUAAGGAGUGGUUCGGGAAGUGAAGUACUAGAUGAGGCCCCUGUGAUGUAUUGGCCAUUUGUUUUUAGGUUAUCUACGGGUGCUUUUAAGGAAAUGCAGGGUUUCCUUUGACUGUCCUUUGUUGCCAUAUUGACCUCCACUAAUUUCUUGUAAAUAGAGUUGAUUGUGCUUGAAUUAAACAGAAUCAACUUGUGUUUGAAUAAACGUUUGAUUCCUCUGAAAAA